AAAAAAAAGGAACAAAAUACGGCACCGAACUCCAGUCCAGAGAUAUUCUUCCCUUGAGAAAAAGACGGAUAAGAUAUUUCUGUCAAAACCUCCCAAUCUCCCAGCAAAGUAAUAUGAAUUUGGGGGCGAGUUUUCAAGCAAGUCUCCUGCCUUUAUCCCAGUGCGGCUCUUGCUCUGUAAUCCAUUCCCAGCCGUUAGCUUUUCCUCCGGUGAUUAGUCGUAAAUUGAAGGCCCAUUUUUUGGCUACCCAAUUACGCAGAAAUGGAAAAGUUGUCUGUAGAAUGAGUGAGACGGAUAUUGAUCCUGAAAGCGAUAAUAAUGAGACGGACCAAAGCGUACAUGAAGAGGAGGAUCAGCUGAAGUCGGAUACGCACCAGUCUCCCGAGACAGGCAUGCUCGAGUCUAAUAGCCUAGAAGUGAAGCACAGUCCUGAAACCGAUGCUCAGACGGGAGGAGCUGAGGAUGGCGAGGAUUUACAAGUUUCAAUUGGAUCACCUCUGCCAGGUGUGAAGCCACAGCAACUUGAUGAAUCAAUUAGGAUCCCAAAGGAAACAAUUGAUGUUCUGAGAGAUCAAGUGUUUGGUUUUGAUACCUUUUUUGUCACUGGCCAGGAGCCCUAUGAGGGUGGAGUGCUAUUCAAGGGAAACCUACGUGGGCAAGCUACAAAAAGUUAUGAGAAGAUAACAAAGAGAAUGGAGGACAAGUUUGGAGAUGAAUAUAAGCUUUUCCUUUUGAUCAAUCCAGAGGAUGAUAAGCCUGUGGCGGUUGUGGUUCCCAGAAAAUCCCUGCCACCAGAUACCACUGCUCUUCCAGAAUGGUUUGCAGCAGGGGCUUUUGGAUUAGUCACCUUGUUCACCUUACUUCUUCGAAAUGUACCAGCACUACAAUCAAACUUCUUAUUGACUUUUGACAAUCUCGAACUGUUGAAGGAUGGCCUUCCUGGUGCCCUUGUAACAUUACUUGUUCUUGGUGCCCAUGAAGUCUGCCACAUUUUAGUAGCAAGUGAAAGUGGAAUCAAGCUAGGAGUGCCGUAUUUUAUCCCUAGUUGGCAGAUAGGCUCUUUUGGUGCUAUAACUAGGAUUUUGAGUAUUGUGAAGAAGCGGGAGGAUCUCUUGAAAUUUGCAGCAGCUGGACCAUUAGCUGGGUUCUCCUUGGGGGUUCUUCUCCUGCUUUUAGGUUUUAUCUUGCCACCAAGUGAUGGUCUUGGUGUUGUUGUCGAUGCUAGUGUCUUCCACGAUUCACUUCUAGCUGGGGGCAUUGCUAAGCUACUUCUUGGAGAUGUCCUCAAGGAAGGCACCGCAAUAUCUGUAAACCCACUUGUACUCUGGGCAUGGGCUGGACUACUAAUUAAUGCCAUCAACAGCAUUCCCGCCGGAGAAUUAGAUGGUGGCCGAAUUUCUUUUGCCAUGUGGGGAAGGAAGGCUUCAGCUCGCUUGAGUGCAGCGGCUAUUGGGCUCCUUGGAAUAGCCUCACUCUUUAAUGAUGUGGCAUUUUACUGGGUGGUUCUGAUAUUCAUCUUGCAGAGAGGGCCAAUAGCUCCUUUGUCUGAAGAAAUUACUGAUCCAGACAACACUUAUAUCACCCUUGGAAUUGUUGUUUUGCUUUUAGGCCUGUUGGUUUACUUACCAUACCCCUUCCCUUUCACUAGUGAAGCCAUUUCUACUUUCUAGAGCUGUAUUAGUUAAAGAGUUAAAAGAGUAGGAAAUUUUGUUCAAUAGCCCAUUUAGGCUCGUGAGAAUCAGCAUGUUAUAAACUAGUAUCAUUCAGACAAAGUGAUGUACAUUAUGGUCUCGUAGAUGGAACAAUUCCUAUUCCUGGAAGGGGAUGAGUUGUUCCAAAUAAUUGUUCCACAAUGUAAUCAGAUAAGGGGGAAAUCUGGUGUACAUAUUCAAGACGGUUGAAGCCGUGCUGCUUUUUCCAUUCUGAUUUAUGUUAUAUCCUAUUUGCCACGUUCAAUGAAUGAUAUGAAAUGAGGAUCUCAGGCUA